GUUUCAGAAAGAGCUAUUCAGUUUCUUCCCAUUGCCGGACCGUCGUAUUUAUUCAGAGUUCUGCUUACCACAUGCAAUGUCUCUGCUUCUGGUCGCUCUGAUCUUCAACUGUUUGUUCAUUGCUUGUUUUACCGUUUCGCAAGAACAUGUGUGGACAGAUGAGGUCGUUUCUUAUUCUGGAUUUCAAUUGUGGUCGAUAACGCCUCACAACAAAGAAGGAGGUGACUUCCUGCGGAAAAUUCAACACGAUUAUGAACUCGAUGUGUGGAAAGAAAGCAGAUCCGGAAACAACACAACGGAUGUAUUGAUACCUCCAGAUUUCCAGACGGAAUUGAAAUUACGUUUAGCCGAUGCUGAUAUCCCGUACGUGGUAACAAUAAGCGAUGUACAAACGGUAAUCAACAGCGGCAAUUCCAACGUUACAAUCAGCAACGAAAUAUUUAAAGCACAAGGCCACAAUAUGGACUGGACCAGUUAUCAUCGUUUGGGUGAUAUAUACGAUUACCUAGCUUACCUUACCGAUACUUAUCCGCAAUUCGUCACACUGAUUGACAUUGGCCGGUCAUACGAAGGUCGGCCACUUUAUGUUGUCCGCAUCUCAUCAGCCGCAUCGCCAGACACUAAUCCAGCCAUCUGGAUCGACGCAGAAAUUCACGCAAGAGAGUGGAUAUCAUCAGCCUUAGCGACGUACAUUAUCCAUCAACUUGUGGAAGUCGAUAGCAACGCGGACCUCUGGUCUAACGUUGACUGGUACCUUAUGCCCAUGAUCAAUCCAGACGGUUACGAGUUCACACAUACGAAAAAUCGACUUUGGCGAAAAAGUCGUUCUAGACGUGGGAAGAUUUGUCGAGGUGUUGAUCUAAAUCGUAACUUUGGUUACAAGUGGGGCGGAUUGGGUGCUGGCCGUAUGCCGUGCACUGAGUUUUUUCGGGGACCCGCUGCUUUUUCCGAGCCGGAAACUAUUGCCGUUUCAAAUUUCAUUCUGAGCAAAUCGCAUAAAAUUAAAGUUUUUCUUACACUUCAUAGCUUUGGUCAGCUUAUACUCCUUCCUUGGGCUUAUGGUGUUAAGGCCAUUUAUCCACGGGAUUAUGACGAACUGUUGGCACUGGCGGAAAAUGCUGCUUCAAAAUUUGUGCGUUUCAAGUAUUCUGUAGGCAACACCGUCGAAUUACUUUAUCCAGCACCUGGUUCCUCGUUUGACUGGGCUAAAUCAAUUGGUAUCAAAUACAGCUAUGGCGUCGAAUUGGGCAAUAUUGGAAUCUACGGAAUCGUUAUACCCCCUUCUCUAAUUCUGCCAAUAUGUGAAGAUUUUUUCCCAGCAUUGAAAGUUUUCGCCGAUAAGGCAGCCACCAUGACAAAUAUGUAAAUUA